GAUCUUUGACAAAUUAAUAAAUUAGCUAAAAUUAAUACUUAAGCAAAUAUGAACCAACUUCACAACCUAUUCCCAAAAAUCAACCCAUCCAAAAAUCUCAACAUGAUGUCAAACUAUGACCCUCAUGACAUUAACGCUGAGUACGAGGCCGUAGGAUCUGACUUGCGCCAGAUGGCCACUAACGCCUUCACCAUGUUGAAGAAACCCUUCGACCCUGAAUUUCUUGCUGAACUAGACAAGAUGUAUGUUGAAAAUGAGACUAUGAUGCUUUUCCAGUGCUAAAUUCACCAAUUUUGUAUUUCA